GUACAUACCUACCUACUUUAUAUUCCCGAGCGGAACAGUUGGUCUUUCUGCUCAUGUCGACUACCCCGGGAGGAUCCUACGCGCCCCAUUUCACUCCGCGUCUGUCCUUCUCGUUGCUUGUCCUCAAAGACAGUAGAAGAGCCUGGUCUCUUCUUACCAACUGCUACCAUUUACCACAAUACCCCCGAUGGUUUUCGGGGCUCCCUGUUUGAGCCCUUGUUUUAUGGUAACUUUCUGCAUUUGCAUCAGCGAGGGAUUAGCGUCUCUUUCAAUUUGGUUUUCCUUCCUGGGCUCUACGCUCACCAGGCCGGUUCUGUUUCAAUAUUAUUCGUUCCUUUUGCCCUUUGGCAAUUCUCGAUACCCGCGAGACACAGACAGACGGUUUCAAUGCUGCGGGGCCCAUUUUCGGAAACCAGUUGCCAUUGGGAGAAGGGGUGAGGGAGGCCAUCCGGUGGUCUCACUUAUCUGGUUGUCUUCCAGGGUGUAUGCAUGGCGGAGUUGCUGCUUGCUUUUCAGGUUGUUGUGGAUUGAGGCUAUGAUAUGAGCAAUGCCUGGCCGCCAGUAAUGUCUAUGUCCUUUGGUUUUCGUUCGGACUUUCUCUUCUCUUCAGGAUUAUAUAUUUGCCGUCGGGUUGCGGAACACCGUCUGGCUGGGCCUGUUUUUGGCUGGU